AUGGCCUGUGUUGACUGUGUGUCCGGCAACGUUCACUCGGGCAGCUCGAUAGGCCAGGAGAUCACUCUCGCAGGCCUCCCGACAUACGCGACCGGUGACCCCGACAGCAAACGUAUUAUUGUCAUCGGAGUGGAUAUCUUUGGAUGGAAUUUUAUCAAUACCCGAUUGCUCGCGGACGAAUAUGCUGCGCGAGGCUUUCGAGUCUAUAUACCUGACCUCUUUGAUGGCCGUGAACUACCUCAAUGGACGCUCUCUGCCGUGGCCGCGGACACGCCCACUCUUCUCCAGCGCAUGCUGCGUCCACUAUCCCUCUUCGCUUUUGUGCCAUUCAUUCUUCGCAAUAGCAAGACAGCACAGUCAGCCAAGAUUGGUACCUUGCUCAAGCAGCUCCGGCAGACGCAGGCAGACGCAAAAAUCGGCUUUAUUGGCUUUUGCUGGGGUGGCCGCUAUGCGAUCACCAUGAACAGCGAUUUUGAUGCCACCGUUGCCUGCCAUCCGUCACUCGUAAAAUAUCCCACCGAGCUGGAUAAUAUAUCGAAGCCUAUUAGCUUUGCAUUGGCGGCUGAAGAUCCAGCAGGUUUCGGUGCCGUCCGAGGAAAGGAGGCGGAGAAGCUGUUGAAAGACCGCGGUCUCACGGAUUUAGAAGUGAUCAUAUACGACGGUGUCCACCACGGUUGGACUGUUCGAGUCAAUAUGGCGGAUGAAAAGAAGAAGCAGGCGCGAGACAAAGCGAAGGAGCAAGCUCUGGCUUGGUUCGAGAAAUAUCUUACUAUUGCUUCACAGUGA